AUGCGGUGGUCUGAUGGACGAUGGUACGAUCACAGCUGCACAGGGAACAGACAGGCGGUGUGCUGUGAUGUGAGAGACCUGGCCAGUGUGAGGAACCAGGCAGAGAACCAGAAGGUCCAGGAGCUGAUUCCAGCAGGAUGGUAUGUCUGGAUCGGCCUUUUCAGAGACUCCUGGAAGUGGUCCGAUGGAAGCAGCUCCUCGUUCAGAUACUGGCUGUCAGGUCAACCUAAUAACUACGGGGGGAGGCAGGAUUGUGCAGCAGCAGAUUUCAGCUCCUCUGGAGGAUGGAGGGACGAGAACUGUGACCUGAAGUUUCCAUUCAUCUGCUCCGGUCCAGACGUCCCAACAAGUUCAAAGCAAGUGUUCAGACUGAGGGUGAGCAGCUCUGUGGACCCCAACGACCCUGCUGUGAUGGAGGCAAUGCUGAAGCAGAUCAAACAGAAGCUGAGGGACCAGGGGGUGAAUGACGACGUCAAACUGAGCUUUAGGAAGCAGGCAGAUGGAAAAGCCUUCCACAAGGAGGAGAAGAAGAAGAAGAGCAGGAAGGACGAGUUCUAAUUUACAUUUGCUGUUAAUCUGACAAAAGUCUCUUUCUUUCCUCAGAGUCUUUGUGUGAUGUGUGACAAUAAUCAGCUGAUUCAUCCACUCGCUGCAUUUUAUCAUCAAAUAGCAUCAUUUUAGUCAUUUGACACGUUUUUAUCAUCAAAUAUCAUCAUUUUAGUCAUUUGACAUGUUUUU